UUACUUGUGGAUUUGGAUAUGUCAAAAUGUUAAAAUCGCGGAAUAACAUUUUGCCAUUUUUGUUUUCUAAUUCGUUCACGUUUAUUUAAUUUAUUUAAUUUAUGUAUUUUCUCGUCGGGUGAGACGUCGCGUCAUAUUGGUAAAAUCUUUGUACUCGGUCAGCUGACCAAAGAAUGUGCGACUUACAAAACAUUGCAGUCGCUCUGCUCGCGGUACGGAGGGGAACCACGAUUGUACGUCGAGGCUCGUCUUACCGUAUGUCGUCACCGGGAUAGUUCGAUGAAUGGAUCCGACCGCAGCUACUGAGCCGCCGGUGCAAAGCGACUACGAGCCGGAGUCUAGUUCAUUCCGGAGCUGGUGGCCUUCUUGGCGUCCGACAUCCAUGUCCCGUCUGAAGGCAACCGACACCAAGAUCCUGAGCUGUAUUCAAAAUGAUUUAUGGGCUCGCUUUGUCACCCUUCCAACCCAAGAUCGAAUAUGGACUCUGACCAUCACCAACAAAGUAGCAAAAAAGCCUGUGGAGCAAGUUUCUAAAACUCCCCUGGUGAUGGUCCAUGGCUUUGGGGGAGGGGUAGGCCUAUGGAUUAGGAACCUGGAUUCAUUGAGUCGGGCACGGCCCGUUCACGCCUUCGACCUGCUCGGGUUCGCCAGAAGCUCCAGGCCGGCUUUCCCGUCCGACGCGGACAAAGCCGAGGAGCAGUUUGUCACGUCCAUAGAGCACUGGAGGCAGGCUGUCGGCGUGGAGAAGAUGGUCCUGCUGGGUCACAGCCUGGGCGGGUACCUGGCUACGUCCUACGCCAUCCAGUACCCCUCAAGAGUGUCCCAUUUAAUCCUGGUGGACCCCUGGGGUUUCCCCGAGAGUCCCAACGUGCAGAACCAGGAGGGCCGAGGUCAGGCCGCCGAGUUGGUGAGGAGGUCAUCGCCGCCCCGCUGGGUGAAAGCCAUCAUCUCCGUCAUUUCCCUUUUCAACCCGCUGGCUGUCAUCCGGGCGGCCGGCCCGUGGGGUCCGGGCUUGGUGACCAAAUUUCGCCCCGAUUUCAAGAGGAAAUUUGAAGAUCUGUUUGACGACGACACCAUGACCCAAUACAUCUACCACUGUAACGCACAGACCCCGAGUGGCGAGGUGGGUUUCCGGGCCAUGGCCGAGUCUCUGGGCUGGGCUAAGAAGCCCAUGAUCCACCGGGUCCACCUGCUGCCCAGCACCAUGCCACUCACCCUGCUGUAUGGGGCCCAGUCCUGGGUCGACAGCGCCUCAGGGGAGAAGGUGGUAGAAAUUAGGGGCCCGACCCACACUAAAGUGCUGCUUGUAAACGACGCUUCUCAUCACGUGUAUGCCGACCAACCAAAGAAGUUCAACAAAGUGGUAGACAACAUUUGUAACUCGGUGAACUGAAUGUGGUGCGUGUGUGUGUGUGUGUGUGUGUGUGUGUGUGUGUGUGUGUGUGUGUGUGAACUCUACUGUUUUUAUAAAGCAUCUGUACAUUGAAAGACAUUUCGUCCUAAACCGUCAUAAUUGAUCCAUGCUAAGGAUUGGCCAUUGUUGUUAAAAAGAAGCCAGUUUGUUGCUGUUUUGAAGCAUAAAAAAACAUGUUUUCUUCAAUUUGCCAGUGUAGGGAAAAAAAAAAAAAAAAAAAAAAAAUAGUUAUUUUUUUACAAUAACUAAAGCUAAAAUUAUUCCUCUAUGCCGUAAUGUUUUUGUUCAUUAAAAGCAAUAAAACUAUUUGAAACAGUUGUGGUAGUGCACUGACUGAAUUAUCAGAGAAUGUACACAGCCCAAAACCAGUGAAAGGUUGUGCAAAUGGUAAAUAAAAAAAGGAAUACAAAGAUUUUGCAAAUCCUUUUCAAUUUAUAUUCAAUUGAAUAGACUGCAAAGACAAGAUACUUAACGUUCCAACUGGUAAACUUUGUUAAUUUUUUGCAAAUAUUAGCUCCGUUGGAAUUAAAUGCCUGCAACAAAGCUGGCACAAGUGGCAAAAAAGACAGAGGAAAGUCGAGGAAGGCUCGUCAAAGACUUAUUUGGAACGUCCCGCAGGUGAACGGGCUAAUUGGGAACAGGUGGGUGCCGUGAUUGGGUAUAAAAAAAAAGCAGCUUCCGUGAAAUGCUCAAGUCAUUCACAAACAAGGACGGGGCGAGGGUCACCACUUUGUCAACAAAUGCCUGAGCAAAUUGUUUAAGAACAACAUUUCUCAACCAGGCUAUUAGCAAGGAAUUUAGGGAUUUUGCCAUCUACGCUCCGUAAUAUCAUCAAAAGGUUCAGAGAAUCUAGAGAAAUCACCGCACAUAAGCCAUGAUAUUACGCACCUCGGAUCCCUCAGGCGGAACCGCGUCAAAAAGCCACAUCAGUGUGUAAAGGAUAUCACCACAUGGGCUCAGGAACACUUCAGAAAACCACUUUCAGUAACUACAGUUGGUCGCUACAUCUGUAAGUGCAAGUUAAAACUCGACUAUGCAAAGCCAAAGCCAUUUAUCAACAACACCCAGAAACG